GUCAACCUGCGAACUCAGAAGCGCCUUGCCGCGUCGGUCAUUGGCUGCGGCAAGCGCAAGAUCUGGCUUGAUCCCAGCGAGCAGAGCGAGAUCUCAAACGCCAACUCGCGCCAGACCAUCCGAAAGCUCGUCGCCGAUGGCCUCAUUAUCCGAAAGCCGGUGACGAUGCACUCGCGAUCCCGAGCCCGCGAGCUGAACCUUGCCCGAAGAGAAGGCCGACACCGUGGAUUCGGUAAGAGGAAGGGUACCGCCGACGCUCGUAUGCCCAGCCAGGUCCUCUGGAUGCGCCGCCUCCGAGUUCUCCGACGCCUUCUGGUCAAGUACCGUGCCAGCGGCAAGAUCGACAAGCACCUCUACCACGAGCUCUACCACCUGAGCAAGGGUAACACAUUCAAGCACAAGCGCGCCCUGGUCGAGCACAUCCACCGUGCCAAGGCCGAGAAGCAGCGUGAGAAGGCUCUGAAGGACGAGAUGGACGCCAAGCGUGCCAAGACCAAGGCCGCUCGUGAGCGCAAGUUGGAGAGGGUGGCGGCGAAGCGAAAUGCUCUGAUGGUCGGCGACGAGUAA